AUGCAGUCCUGGCGCUUCCUUCUCUUUCUCCUGGCUAGGCCCUUCCUACCGGGCGUGAAGUCCGAUGACUGCCAGCCGCAUCAAUGGAAGCGUGAUGUCGACGACAUCGUCUGUCGGUACUGGGCAACGUCUCCGGCCGAGGUAAACUACUACACAUGCACCCAGCUCGCGCUAAAGUACGAAGAGACCGUCGAGGACUUCUUCUUCCUCAACCCCACCAUGGACAGGGACUGUGAAACAAUCCAGCCAAACACAGACUACUGUGUGAGAGGAUAUGCGGAGCCGCUGGUGUCGACCGACGGAUCGUGCGGGCCAAGCCACGGUGAUAUCGCCUGUCCGGAUGCCACGCCCUGCUGUAACUCAGAAACCUGGCAGUGCGGUGACACGAGCGACGACUGUGCCCCGGGAACAUGCUACUCUGGCCUGUGCCUGGGAGGUACAGGGUACAGCCUCGACGGCAACUGUGGUCCCGACAAUGGCGGCCUCAAGUGCGGAGGUAAGUGGGGAGACUGCUGUUCGAUCGACGGCGUGUGCGGCACGGGGCCGGACUUCUGCGGUCCCAGCAAUUGUGAAUCCGGGGCCUGCACGAACCCGGCCACGCCAACCAUGCCUACCGAAAUUCCGUGGCAGACAGGCACCACUCCUGAUGGGUCAUGCGGUGGCGCUAUGGGCUAUACAUGUGAUGUUGUCUUCGGUAAUUGCUGCAACGAGGACGGCGUGUGUGGCUCUCGGCAAAGCGACUGUGGAACGGGCUGCCAGCCGAAUUUUGGCAUGUGCGAUGGGGUGACUAAGACCUCGGCUACCCCUACGCCCACGCCGACAGACGACCCGACCAGUCCAACCUCACCGGGAUCCACCCCCACGGCCACCGGCGACCCCAUGUUCGUGCCAAGCUACGGGCCCUUCACGCUCGCGGGGUGCUACCGCGAACCGGAGGGCAAGCGCGCUCUGGCCAAUCUCUAUUUCGACGAGGAGAUGACGGUUGAGAAGUGCCUCGACAAGGCGUCGACGUACGCAUGGGCCGGCAUCGAGUACGGCACGGAGUGCUGGUAUGGGUUCCAGCUGGACAUCGGCGCAGCCCAAGAGGAUCUCAACGUCGACAACUGCGGCUUUGUGUGCCCGGGCAAUCCCGGCGAGUACUGCGGCUCGGGCGGACACCUCGUGCUGUACAGUUCGAGCACGCAGCCGCCGGACGAGCAGCCGUCACAGCCCGCCGAGGUGAAUGGCCAUCCGUGGUAUGGCUGCAUGACCGAGGCGACGGACGCGCGUGCUCUGAGUGCGGAUACCAUAGAUCUCGACGUCUCCAUGUCGCUGGAGUUCUGUUCCUAUUACUGCGAGGGAUAUACUUACUUUGGUGUCGAGUAUGGGAGAGAGUGUUACUGUGGGAAUAGUUUCAAUGCCGGAUCGGUCAUAGCCCCGGCGUCCGACUGCAACAUGCUGUGCUCGGGAAAUUAUUUGGAAUUCUGUGGUGCAGGAAAUAGGUUGUCAGUUUAUGGCGUCUAAGUCGGGAUACCUACCUGUGUUGUUGUUUCGUCAGACAUUCUAUAGGUAGUCAGGAAACCGUCUAUGGUUAUUUAGUACCUGAA